AUGAGUGACGGAAAUGCUGGCCAGGACUCCCUACUGGUUCCAUAUCAUGAUCGAGCUUCUUCUGCAACAGCCCUACUAGAACCCGCCAACCCGGAAAUCCACCCGAAUCCUUCUUCCCACCCCAAGAAGCCACUAGCACCGUUGGUGUCGGAUGCUGGCUCCCCUGCCGGAUCUUCUACCACCAAUCGAGCGUUUCACUCUGCCAGUGCCUCAUUUUCGCAUAAGAGAGGCGACUCAGGGGGCGCCAUCCCGGACGACUUUGCGUCAGAUGGCGUGAGUGAGCAAGCGGCCGACCUUGCUUCCUCCAGCGUCCCGAACGGGUGUCGCCAAGCAUGGCAGGAGCAAUGGAAGCGGUCUGACACCGAGUUAGUCCGCCCAUCGAGCUGCGCAGUAGCUGAAAGUCGAAUGGGGCAGGCUAGCCCGGCUGACAGCGAUGCCCGCCUUCCUAGAAAUGCCGCCCCCAUGGCGGACGACUUAGGCGGAAGUAAUGGUGGCUCGUCCCCGCUUCAUUCGCAAGCAUUUCGCUCCAGUCCCGUCAUGAAUGACGGUCGUCCGCCAAGGAACCCAGGCGACAAUCCAGACGAGAUGGCCUCCCUCUCCGAAGUGUCACGGGAGUCUGCGGAGGGUCUGAGCUAUGGCCAAGAGUCCGCGAGACAAUUGAGCAAUGCUCAAAGUCCCGUCGGCGCGGUCACUGGGACAUCCGGAGAAGAAAAACUGAUUCAGGAUGUUCGAGGAAUCUAUGCCGGGCUGGUGAUGGCGGAAAAUAGAUGCGAGGUGUGGCACAAGCGGGUCCAAGGAUGGCCCACGAUGACGCAGGUGCAAUAUCAAAGCUUGGUUGGAAUCCACGGAACUAUGCUGCAAGAGUAUCACGAUUUCUUCCUCUGCUCCCAACAUCCUGUCGCGAGCCCCGCACUGAAACGCCUAGCGGAGAAGUAUGCCAUGCCCGCGCGACUAUGGCGCCACGGAAUCCAUUCGUUGCUGGAAUUGCUGCGCCAUCGGCUCCCAGAAUCCUUGGAGCACAUGCUAGCCUUCAUCUACUACGCCUAUUCCAUGAUCACACUGAUGCUCGAAUCGGUGCCCGCUUUCCAGGAUACCUGGAUCGAGUGUCUGGGAGAUCUCUCGCGUUACCGGAUGGCCGUGGAGGAAUCCGACCUUCGCGAACGUGAAGCCUGGGCGGGUGUGGCACGAUACUGGUACAACCAGGCUGCAGACCGGAAUCCCAAUGUGGGCAGGAUCCAACAUCAUCUGGCGGUCUUGGCCCGACCGGAUAUCAUCCAGCAACUGUUCUACUACACGAGAUCUCUGGUCAGUGUUCAGCCGUUCGCGGGCACUCGGGAGAGUAUCUUCCUCCUAUUCAAUCCUUUUCUGAGAGGGCCUCGAGCACUUCAUCGCCUGCCACUAGUAAGCGCUUUUGUGGCGGCACAUGGCCACCUGUACACUAGAGAUGUCGGAGAUCGCUUUAUCAAGUCGGUCGACACAUUUGCAUCACUUCUGAACCAGACAAUAAGCCAACUGGGUGCUGCCUUCAGGCUACAAGGGUUCUUCAUCUGCGCUUGUAAUAUUACCGCCAUGCUAGAAUAUGGCAGCCCCGACGCUUACCUGGGCCUCGAGUUCCAGGAGGCGGACCCGUCGCAAGUAGAGUCACUAGACGAGGUCUACGACUCCGCUGUCAACGCCUGGGUUCCUGUCAAUGACCUCGAGGCCGUGCAGGCAGAAUUUUUAGCAUCUCGGGACUCUCCAAAUUCGUCGCCUCUGCUCUUUUACGGAUCCUACCUCGCUUACCACACUUUGUCCGUGAUGCUCGAACAAGUCAAUCAGGUCCCUGAUAGGAACAUAUACGCAGCAUGCCAUGUUUCUCUAGCAUUCCUUUGGUGCUUGUCACUUACCCCGCGAGGUAUGACCCGCCUAGAAGUUGCGGUACCGUGGAGGAAACUUGCGUAUUUCCUCAAUACGCUGUUUCGCAGCUACAUCAGGCCCGAGAUCGCCGAAAGGGAAGACUUUCCCGUCUCGGAGGAGACCACCUGGGUAGCGGAAGACUUCCUUAUCCGUGGUCAAACCUGGAGCCAGCGUCUCUAUCCUGCUUCUUUCUUCGACAACGCACCUACUGCCGGUGAAGGCAGGAACAUUGAGCCGCCGUCUCGGGACAUCACAAGGAUGUACAGGUGCAUAUGGCUGGGAAUCAGACUUGCCAAGUUUGGACGUUGGAUCACAUAUGACUGCAACGAGCGGAAGUUCUCUGCUACCCCAUUCGCCCUGGAGCUUGAGACAAUUGCCGAAGAACAUAACCCCUUUGCUAAGCCGCGUGAGGUCAGCCAAAAUAGUGUAGGCAACGAUGCGCGUGAAACAUGA